CUUUUUCUAGAAUGAAUACUUUAGGACGAGACCUUCACGUAUCUUGGUCAUCUACAUCACUUUAUGGCGUCUUUAUAAUUUAUCUUUAGGAAUGCCGUUAUUUAAGAGAGGAGGAUCAAACUUUUCGGCUGAAAACAGCCCAAAAGAAUCCAACGAAGAAAGAAAAACUCGCAAAGAAGUAAAGUCUAGUGGAGCUGUUGGCAAUAAUGGAACAGAAAACAGAAAACUUUCUCCUGGAACUUCUCAAAAGUCACAUUCAAAAGACGCCAAGAAUAUCCAGCCACAAGUAGCAGAACAAACUAGAGCUGUACCAAGUCCUGCUUCUAGACAACGAAUGAGAAAACAACGAGAACAAAAUGUGCCUAAACCAACACCAGUGCCGCCACCCGACCCAACGGCUGAGACACAAGUUCCGCGAUUUGUUUUUUACUGCCAACUCGCUCAUGGCAGUCCGACCGGAAAGGUGGAAGGUUUUACUAAUGUAAAACAACUGUACGAAAAAAUCGCAAACACCUUCCAUAUUAACGCAGAAGACAUUUUAUUCUGUACUCUAAAUACAUAUAGAGUUGAUAUGGAUAGACUGUUAGGAGGGCAGAUUGGGCUGGAUGAUUUUAUCUUUGCACAUGUCAAAGGGCAGAAAAAGAUUGUGGAAGUGUUAAAAGACCAACCAUCUCUUGGUCUUACUAUCACAGACAAUGGUGCUGGAUCAGCGUUUAUAAAGCGUAUAAAAGAGGGUAGCAUCGCUGACAAGAGUCCACAGAUUUGUGUUGGUGAUCAUGUUGAAUACAUUAACGGGCAGUGUGUUGUUGGAAGUAGACACUUCGAUGUUGCACGUAUGCUGAGGGAAGUGGAUGUUGAAGGCAAAAUUACUUUUCACCUAGUGGAACCAAAGCGAGGGUUUGAGGGUAUUGGACCAAGGUCAUCUGGAAAGAGUCAAGGAAGUGAUGAUGGUAAAACCGAAAAGGCUGUAGGAAGUGGUAAAGCUACACUAAGGCUAAAGUCAAAGGGACCUCCUGUUCUAGAGAAUGUUGAGUCCACUGCAUGGGAGCAAGUUGCAAUGAAGAAAGUUGAUAACUUGCUUGAGAGCUUCUUGGGGAUCAGAGAUGAAGACUUGGCAAUCAAUCUGGUUGAACUCAGUAAAAACAAGGGGAAUCCCAGUGAUUUUGCUGUUUGUUUGGAUGAAGACUUUGCUAUAUUUCAGUUUCCUGAUGAUUUCAUAUUUGAUGUAUGGGGUUCCAUUGAGGAUGCCAAGGCUGGAAGGAUAUGAAAAAACCAUGAAUCCUUUUUUAUCUACUGUGCAAUAUAAUUAGGCAGCUAUUUUAGGUUUUUUUUAUUUAAACACCUACAGAGUGCAAUCAUACAAGAGAGGUUAAAGUUUAGCUAAUUGAUUCUAACAUCUAGAGUACAUAAUUAUUCGCCGCCUACCAAGAUCUUCAUAAAAUUAUAUGUCAGUUAAGUUAAGAUAUAGUUAAAUUAAAGCAGUGUUUUUAUAGCAAUGCUUAGAUAAUGGGAUAAUGCACAGUAGUUAUUGAAAAUGUUAUUACACCAAGUUGGUUUGCAGGAAUUCAAUACACCGUUCUCAUAAUGGCUGACAAGUCAUUAGUUUACAAUAGAAGAUAUAAAAGCACAUGAAAUGCGUUAAUAGAAGAAAAAACAAAGAAAAGUAUAGAAAUUGACUUUUUGUUUUAACCUGAAUUCACGCUAUCCACCUUUAUUUUGUAUGAGCAGACUUGUUCAGCCUUACAAGUUGACUGGGUGGCCUCAUUUUGGUGCGCUUGUCAGCCAUCAUGAGAACGGUGUAUAAAGUUUGAUCAGUGUUGGUUAAAAACAAUUUAGGAUUUAAAGCAUGAUCUUGCCAGAUGACCAGAUCAUAUUCAUAUUUAUACCACCUCUCUCUGUACUAGCUCUGCACAUCUAUUGGAUUCAUUAAUCCUUCUUUUAUUGACAAAAAGUAUCAAAGUGCUAGUAGAGAGGUGUUUGCCAACGUUAGGGUUAUAUAAAUGUCAAAAUACUAAAUUCACAGUGAUUGAAUCUUGAACAUCUGUUGACUGGUUAAAUGUUUGAGAAGCUAACUUCACCAAUUUAAUCAUCUCUAAAACACAAGGCAAACUAUAAAGUUCUUUAUAUUUUAUUAGUUGACCUGGCAUACAGCCAAGGUUUCUUAUGUCUAUAAUGGAUAGUUUUGCUUGCAAUCUUGACUAUUGGCAAUCUUGAAUUGUCUCCUGGCUUUCAAAUUUCAAUCAAUUUAUUUUGUUUUUCUGGCCAGUAUCCUAAAGAUCAUGAGUUCUGAUUGGCUGCACAAGUGAGGGUAUUUUCUAUCUCUGACUGUGGUCCAGUACUAUGAGUUUGUGGAUUGAAUGAUUAACAACGACAAAAAUAAUUGGGAAACAAGAUGAAAAGUAAAUGGGAUAAAGGUACUAUCAUAAUGUUGGUCCAGAUAGGGAAAAAACUAUGCCCUCAAUCUUGAAAAUUGACCUCAACCACAGCUAGUUUUUCCCUAUCCAGACCUCCUGGCCAGUCAAUAACCUCUGUAUAUUGAAAGCCAGUAUUCAUAAGGAUGGGGUAGUUUUGAUCACUUAAUAAAAAUUAGUUGGUGGAUGGAUARAUAGAAAGAAUAAUUUUGAUGUCCAAUUACCUGGACUAGAUAACCAUCUGUCUCAUUACCGGCGUUUGCAUUGCUACGCAGCCACUCCAGACAAAAAUCACGACAUGCACUUUGCGAUAGUCUGCCGUCAAUCAAACAAGUUGACGUCAUUUACACGCAUUUGGAUCGGCCCGGUGAGUGUGGCUCAUAAUACUUGUUAACAAUCGACCAAAGUUUUGGCACCUUUUGAAUCACACACGCAUGUAAAUGCCGUCAAAGUGUUUGAUGGACGGCAGUCUAUUGCAAAGUGUACAUUGUGAUUUUUGUCUGGGGUGGCCGCGUAGCAAUGCAAAUGCCGGUAACAUAUUUGCUAACCACCUACAUGACCAGUCAAGUUGUUGUCAUCUCAAUAUUUUAUUUCCACCACAAUAUUUAAAUCGUGAACCAUAGUUAUGUUAUAUAUCAACACUGAUCACGACAAGUAUUAAAUAGGUCGGUAUUUAAUAAAACUAAAAAAAUUAGAAUAGUUGCACAUAUUUGUAGUUUGUAUAGAAAACGAUGUAAUGUAAACAAACAACUUUGAUAUUUAUGGUAAUAACAGAAAAAUAUUUAAAAAGACACUGGCAUCAUUAACCAUGCCAUUACAAGUGCAGUGCUGUAAAAAAAUAUACCUCGUUAUUCAGUGACAUAAAUAUCUCUACUCGUAUCAUGAUGUUGAUGUUGAAGACAGAAAUAAAACAUUUUACUUAA